GUGCUCUGGGGAGAGGGUGCGCGCGCGCGCCUGCCUCUCCCCCCCACCCCACCCCAACCCGCAAACGCCCUGGGUGCUGCGCCCCUCCCCCACGAAACUUGGAAGCUGGGGCUCUUUGGAAGGGAUGGUUAGAGGGGGAUGAUCAGGUACAUUUGAGACGACUUCAGUUCAUAUACUUUAAAUCCACUUCUCUAAUGUUCUUAAUCCUUGGCUAGAGUGUCCACGCUUUCUGGAGGCAAGAGGGACUGAGAGUACAGUAAAGAAUGGAUUCUCUGGACCACAUGCUGACAGACCCAUUGGAGCUGGGACCAUGUGGGGAGGGAAAUGGCACACGGAUCAUGGAGGACUGCAUGCUAGGAGCAACAAGAGUUAGCCUGCCAGAGGACCUCCUAGAGGAUCCUGAGAUCUUUUUUGAAGUUGUCAGCCUAUCUACAUGGCAGGAGGUGCUGACAGAAUCACAGCGAGACCACCUAAAAAAGUUCCUGCCCCAUUUCCCGGAAAAGAACCCUGAGCACCAGAACAAGCUCAUCCCAGCUCUGUUCAGUGGAGAGAACUUCCGCUUUGGAAACCCACUGCACAUUGCCCAGAAACUCUUCCGGGAUGGGCACUUCAAUCCUGAAGUUGUGAAAUACCGCCAGCUCUGUUUCAAGUCCCAGUACAAACGCUACCUGAACUCCCAGCAGCAGUACUUCUACCGACUCCUCAAGCAGAUCCUUGCUUCCCGCAAUCACCUGCUCGAUCUGGCUAAAAAAGGUGGCCCUGAUCUGACCCUUAAGAAAAAAUACCCAUCCCCUCCAUGUGGCCCAGAAGAACGGGAUAGACGGACACAUCAGCGCUACCUGAAGGUCCUAAGGGAGGUGAAGGAGGAAUGUGGAGACACCACCUUAUCCUCUGAUGAAGAAGAUCUAAGUUCCUGGCUUCCAAAUUCUCCAGCACAUUGCCCGAGUCCAGCUCUUCCCCUCAGAGUGAUCCCCACCUUGUCAACGCUGGAUAUGAAAACAGCAGAUAAACUUGAUUUUGGGGAGAAUGACCUGAAGGUGAUGCUGAAGAAGCAUCAUGAGAAACGGAAACGUCAGCCUGACCACCCUGACCUAGUGACAGGGGACCUGACUCUUGAUGACAUCAUGACCCGUGUGAAUGCUGGCCGGAAGGGCUCCUUGGCAGCCUUGUUUGACCUUGCCAUCAUGAAGAAGAAGGUGAAAGAAAAGGAAGAAAAGAAGAAAAAAAAGUUGAAGGUGAUUAAAUCCGAGGUGGAAGAUUUGGCCGACUCCUUUAGCAACGCUGAUGGAAUCCCCCCAAUAUCACAGGACCCAUCUCCCAUUGCUCUGUCAGCUGUUAAAGAAGAACCUCUUGAAGAGAUCAAGCCAUGCCUUGGAGUAAAUGAAAUCUCUUCCAGCUUCUUCUCUCUCCUUCUGGAGAUCCUCCUUCUAGAAGGACCUGCUAGUCUCUCUGUGCUUGAGGAUAAAGUUCUGGAUUGGCAGUCUUCCCCUGCAAGCACUCUGAAUAGCUGGUUCUCCUUUGCCUCUAACUGGUCAGAACUGGUUUUACCUGCUCUGCAAUAUCUGACAGGUGACAGCAGAGAUGUUCCUUCCAGCUUUUCUCCCUUUGUUGAAUUCAAGGAAAAAACUCAGCAGUGGAAAUUGCUUGGCUCUUCCCAAGACCACGAGAAGGAACUGGUAGCGCUCUUCCAGCUCUGGUUGGAGACCAAAGACCAGACGUUUUUCAAGGAAAAUGAAGACAGCUCAGACGCCACCACACCGAUUCCCCGGGUAAGGACUGACUACGUGGUCCGUCCCAGCACUGGGGAGGAGAAACGUGUUUUCCAGGAACAGGAGCGCUACCGUUACAGCCAGCCCCACAAGGCCUUCACCUUCCGCAUGCAUGGCUUUGAGUCAGUGGUUGGUCCUGUGAAGGGAGUGUUUGACAAGGAGACCUCGCUGAACAAAGCCCGGGAGCAUUCUCUACUGCGAUCCGACAGGCCUGCAUAUGUUACCAUCUUGUCUCUUGUUCGUGAUGCUGCGGCCCGCCUUCCUAAUGGAGAGGGUACACGUGCUGAAAUCUGUGAGCUGCUUAAAGAUUCCCAGUUCCUGGCUCCCGAUGUCACCAGUGCCCAAGUUAAUACAGUUGUGAGCGGUGCCCUGGACCGGCUACACUAUGAGAAAGAUCCCUGUGUGAAAUACGAUAUCGGACGCAAACUGUGGAUAUACCUGCACCGGGACAGGAGUGAAGAGGAGUUUGAACGGAUUCACCAAGCUCAAGCUGCUGCAGCAAAGGCCAAGAAAGCCCUCCAGCAGAAACCGAAACCUCCAGCCAAGAUAAAGUCUAGUAGCAAGGAGAGUUCAGUGAAAGUGUUCCCCAGCAGCACUUCAGAGCCAAGCCAGCUGAGCCUCAGUGACUCCAGCAUGCCACCAACCCCUGUGACGCCAGUGACGCCCACCACACCGGCCUUGCCGGCGACACCCAUUUCACCUCCUCCAGUCUCUGUGGGUAGCAAGACUGUUCCAAGUGUUGGACCGGAGCCAGCUAAGCCAAGCCAAAGCCUUCUCUUGGUGUCAUCUCCUCCCAUGCCCCAGCUGGGGACACUGCUCUCCACAGGUCAGAGUGCACAGACGCAGGCUGGGCCACAGCCGCCUCCAACCAGGGUGGUAAGCCAUACUGCCGCCGCCUCAGGACUCCCGCAGGUCCGAGUGGUCACUGCGCAGUCCAGCCUCCCACCUGUGUCUCAGCAAACCCCAGUGGUAACGCAGCAGCAGCAACCUGCAUCGGUGCCUCAGAUCCGUGCUACAGCCACACAAACAAAAGUACCAUCGCAGGCUGUUAUGACCGUACCAGUGAAAGCCCAAACCAGCCCAGUGCAGGUGCAACGGCCAGGCGCAUCUGUGACAGGACAGGCAGGUAUCGCUGUGACAGCACUCUCUGCAGCGUCCAGCCCCACUGCAAAGCCAGUAACCAGCUCUCCAGGCAGCUCUGCACCAUCCUCCUCCUCUUCCACCGCUGUCAUCCAGAACGUAGCUGGCCAGAAUAUCCUCAAGCAGGUGGCUAUUACAGGGCAACUUGGCAUGAAGACCCAGGCUGGAAGUGGCAUCCCACUCACAGCUGCUAACUUCCGGAUCCAAGGCAAGGACGUGCUGCGCCUGCCUCCCUCUUCCAUCACCACGGAUGCCAAGGGACAGACUGUGCUGCGCAUCACCCCAGACAUGAUGGCCACCCUUGCCAAGUCUCAAGUCACCACAGUCAAAUUGACUCAGGACCUCUUCACAGCAGCUGCCGGAAGCAGCACUAGCGGGAAGGGCAUCUCUGCAACUCUGCACGUGACAUCCAAUCCUGUCCAGUCUGCUGAUUCCCCAGCCAAGACUAGCACAGCCACUUCUGCUUCUCCCAGCCCUGCUGGGACCACGGUGGUUAAAGUGACACCUGACUUAAAGACUGCGGAGUCGACCAGUUCAGCUUUCAGACUGAUGCCCGCUCUGGGCAUGACGAUGGCAGAUCAGAAGGGCAAAGCCAUUACUACAGUGGCAUCCACUGAGGCUAAGCCAGCUGCCACCAUAAGAAUUGUGCAAGGACUGGGGGUUAUGCCACCGAAAGCAGGGCAGACUAUUACUGUAGCCACUCAUGCCAAGCAAGUGCCCUCUUCCUCUUCAGUGAGCAUGCCUGGCACAGUUCAUACCUCAGCUGUUUCUUUACCAACCAUGAGUGCUGCGGUGUCCAAGGCAGUUGCUGUGGCCUCUGGGGCAGCUGGCACUCCCAUAACCAUAGGAACAGGAGCCACUGCUGUGCGGCAGGUACCCGUGAGCACCACAGUCGUAUCUACAUCCCAGGCUGGUAAACUGCCAGCUCGAAUCACGGUGCCGCUCUCAGUGAUCAGCCAGCCAGUGAAAGGCAAGAAUGUGGUGACAGCCCCCAUCAUCAAGGGCAACCUCGGGGCCAACAUUAGUGGGCUGGGUCGGAAUAUCAUCCUGACUACCAUGCCAGCUGGGACAAAACUGAUUGCUGGGAACAAACCAGUGAGCUUCCUGACAGCACAACAGCUACAACAGCUGCAGCAACAAGGCCAGGCCACGCAGGUGCGAAUUCAAACAGUAUCAGCCUCCCAUCUCCAGCAGGGAACAGUGUCGGGCUCUACCAAGGCAGUCUCUACUGUUGUUGUGACAACAGCACCAUCUCCGAAACAGACACAGGAUCAACAGUGAACAUCAGUUGUGAAAAGGGAUCACUUUCCAAGAGCUUCCCUGGCCUUAUUAUCCUUCCCCCAUCCAUCACCAGUCAGGGCUUCUUAGGUGCCAACACAGACCAUCCAGAGAUUGGACUGGAGCCUCACCUGUGCCAAAAGCAAAACAUGGCGUGCCUGGAGCCAGAAUUGUGGUAUCCAGUGGAAACCUCAGUACAGCAACACAAGACUCUGUAUUUAAGAACCUAAACAUCUCAGUCCAGAGUUGUAAAAUCAAGCUCUAUAGCAGUGACUAAUUGGAGAUUUUACUACGCGUCUUUAUUCUCUUCUCAUUCGAAUUGCCCUUUUUGCAAAUGGCAGUGUGCCUUGCUGUCAUUGCAUUAUGUUCUGGGUUAGCCUCAGGCAGUCAGCCUGGGUUCUUCCUUUACCUUUGAAACUUGCUGCUAGGGGAAGAGGGAUUCAGUGACUCUCUAAAGUCAUGGACAAGCUUCAUUCUUGGUCUUGAAGUCCAGCUAUCAGUUCUCUUUAUAUCCUGUAGAGGUGGCUGUAGUUGGUGGCUGAUUUUAUUGUUAGGGCUUAAUCUGUAUGUAAUACAAAUUCUAUAUAUUUAUUUAUUUUAUAACUUUUUAAGACAUCUCCUUUCACUUCCCAACCCAGAUUCUUUAUUGACUGUCAUCACCAUUUCUGGAGAAACUUUCCGUUUGUUAUCCUUCCAAAGGCCAGAUAGAAGAGUCCUGUCCCAUAGCAUGCCUGAUGAAGAAAACCUCUGCUGUAAAAUAGCUAAUAACUAUUGUAUGUAUGUAUCUGCCCGUAUGAGAGUCUGGCUGUGAAUGAGCUCAGAGAAAGGACACAGGAAGAAAAGUCUGCCAGGGAAUUUCCCUUCUUACAUUUCUCAGAGAUUGAAUCAUCAACCAGAGAAGACUACAGCCUGUUUAAAAGGAAAAGAGAACAAGCCUUCAGUUUUGUCCACGCUGCAUUCAUUCUGACUCAAGCAGAAGUGUUUUACUUUUAACCCAAGUUGAUGCUGGCCUGGCCUUAUUUGAUUUUUAUCUGUCUCUGAUUUUUAUCUUGAUAUACAAGUUGUUGGGAUUGUGCAUGUUACAGAUCAGGAGAUGAACUGACUUCUGCUCCCAACUCUGACAUCACUGAAAUUCUUUCUCUGAAUGAGUCCAGAAGAAGUGUCAGGGUAGGAAAAAAAUAACAAUGCAGAAAGCAGUUUUAUUUACAACCCAUGCUCCAGAGAUCUAACCACCCUCCUGCUUAGAUCUGACCUGCCAUCUCCCUUCAGUUCUAGACAGACCAUUUCAUUUUGGCAAGGAAAGAGUUCUGUCAUACUGUCAUGAAAUGUAGUGUGAUCAUCUGAUCUGCUAAGGGCUAAUAGACACUGUUAUAAGAAGGUUUCUUAAACAUUGUUCCUCUUGUUUUUUUAAUACACUGUUUGUUUGCCUUUGAUUGAUACCGUCAUUGAAUAUAGUCUAUUUAAAAAAAAAAAAAGCCCUGCUGUUCAUGGUCUUCCAAUGUUUAGCUGAAUUGUUGAGGCUGGAUUCUGCUUGAAAGACUCAGUUGUAGCUACUCAUUGCUGGCUCAGGUACUGUUGAUCCGGGCAACAUGAGGCUUUUGAUUGAAUUUAGAUUGAGACCUUGUAUGUCGUGCACUCUUUAUUUUUAACUAUAGCCAACCCACUUGGGAAAAUCAGAUACAAAAAAUAUAUCAAGAAGCAGAUGGCAGCUGCAUUUGAGCAGAGCUAGGUACCUAAAUGCAGCAUUUUAAAAUACUCUCUUGAAUCAUGGUUUUUGUGCACUUAACAAGAUCUGGAAAGAUAAAGCUUCCUUUCCCCUCUUCCCCAUAUCAGUCACUUCCUGUGUCUUUGUCCCUUUUCCUUCAGGAUGAACAGGAAGGCUUCUGGUUUUGAAGCUGAAUUCUUUAACCCGAGUUUAGCUCAGUCAGGUAACCAAAGCUAGUCAAAUAUAGAGCUAAACUGAAGUGCUGUCCACAAUACUCCUGAAAUGUUUUUAUUAUAUAAAUCCUAUCCCAAAUCAGGGUAAUCCCCAUUUGCUAGUCGUAUUUAACAGAGUUAUGUCUCAGGCCUUAGAGACGUGUUGAAUGUCUUUCUUACAGUGUGCAGCACUGCGGCUUUAAUGUAGCCCAUUACUGGUAAUUAGACAUGGUUUGUAACUCUUGAACUCGUGGCAUUACACGGGGGGAAAAAAGCUAUAUCCCAGCCUCAAAUUAGGUGCAUUAUUGUGGUGGGAGAUACCCUCCUUCUGCAGAAUGGAGGGGUUUACUCUGCGCCAGCCAGGCUCCAUUAAACUCCACCUUCUUGAACCAUUGCCCCCAUUAUUUUUGAUGGUUUUGAGCUUGUUUUCCUUUUACCAGUUGGUGCCACAGAUAAGUUAUUUAUCAUCUGUGUUGUGGUAGCACCUAGAACCUACUAGUGAAGGAUCAGGGCCCUGUUGCGUUGGGCACUGUACACAAACACAAUGAAAAGAUGGCCCCUCCCCGAAAGUGUCUGUUUAAAACAUACUUAUCCACUCAACAUACUUGAUGUAUCCAUGCAGCAUUCAUCGGCUCUGCCAGCCCAGGGAGAGCUUGAAAGCCAUUUUCACCAAACCUUGUUCGCCCAACAAAAAUUUGUUUUUUGCCAAACCAUUCUAGCAGUUUAGACAAGUGUUCCGCUUGCCUAUGCUAUUUCUAGGCUUGGCAGAAUUCACUUUUAAAAAAAUAAUUUCAAUGGAUAAUUCAACAUUUAUCUUUAAGCAUUUUAUUUUUAUUUUUAUCAAUUUAAAUGUUCAUAGUUGUGGGAAAUCAUGGUAGGGGGUCAGACAAUUUAAUGACAGUAGAUGUUGCUAUUCAAAAGUUUAAAGCUUUAUAACCAAUAAAACACCAAUUGUCAAUAUGUCAAAAUGUACAAAGUAAAUAUCCUUAAAUCAAACUUUAA